CGAUGUUGUGGAAAAAUUAUGUCGAACUCAAUAUCAGGAAACGCUCGGGAGUGAAGGAAUCGAAAGAGCAGCUGAUUAUACAGCUAGAUGAAUUGUCUGGACUUAACGUUAAUCAUGCAACGAAACUUGUUGCAUAACUCAAUUGUGAAAAGCAUAAAACAGCUGUGGACAAAGGUGCUCUAACAGGUGUCUGCACCUGUCACGUCGCAAAGUACCCUGGGUAACCAACAUGGCGGCGCCCGCGCUGUUAGGCGUGUUGGACGAGCCUGUCCGCGACGAACGGGACAUUUCCUCCUUGUUUACGAACAGAGUUGGGGGCAAACCGGGCUGUGCCCCCCUCCCCACCUUCCCAGCGAUGCCAAUGUGUACCCUGUGUGGCGGCAGACUGACCCUUGUUGUGCAGGUCUACUGUCCCCUGGAUGGGUCUCCCUACCAUAGGACACUCUAUGUCUUCGCCUGCUGUAGGAAGCAGUGCUGGAAUAAGUCAGAAAGUUGGUUUGCAGUCAGGCUACAGGUUCCAUGUGAAGACCCAAGUUCCCAACAUGGAGAGACAGAGGCAGAGGUGGUUUCUAUGGCAACCACAGACUGGUGUGAUGAUGCAGAUGACUGGGGUGAUGAAGAGGAGGAGGAUGCUGUUACCAUAACGACAUACACUACAAUGAUAGAGAAGCCAAGACAGAAGGACAAUAAUGUGACCUAUGAAUCUGUCUGCACAGAACAGUUUCAGAACCUUGAUAUAUCCGAUCCUCCAGAACUAACUGGUUUUAACGAUGAAAAUAGUAUAAUGAAUGAAGACAAGCCAGAGGAAGGAAUUGCCAACAUAGAGAAAGUAGAAAAUGUUGUAGCAGAGGAUCUACCAGUAGAGGAUAUAGCAACUUCUUCAAUCUCCAAAUUAUUGAGCUUGAGUGCUGACACAGAAGAACCUUCUCAGGGGGAGAUUGUGUUUGAAGCAUAUUACAUCAGUGUGUUCGAGGAGCCUACCAACUUGAUGGUAGACUGUGAUGAUCAUGUAAAGAGACUUAUGACUGAUUACCAACAGAAGGAAGGUGUGAACUUAUCAGCUAUGGAAGACUCUGUAACAAGUGCAGGAAAGAAAGGUGGAGGAGAGAGUUACGAGAAGUCCACAGCGAGACACGGGGACAAAAUCUUUCAGAAGUUUGCCAAGCGGGUGUCUCUCUGUCCUGAGCAGAUUCUGAGAUACAACAGGAAUGGGAAGCCACUUUACAUCCAGGACCCAGAAGAAACACUCAUGAUGCCACCUCCAUGUUCAAACUGUGGAGGACAGAGAGACUUUGAACUCCAACUGAUGCCAACCAUGAUCAGUAUUCUCAGUACACAAGGUGCAAACAGCAGUGAUCCCAUGCUUGAGUUUGGCACAGUGCUGGUGUACACCUGUGUGAGAAGCUGUUGGACACAACAGAGUGUCUCUUGUGUGGAGCAUGUAGUGGUGCAGGCAGACCCUUACAACCAGUUCUUCAUGCAGAGAACUGAAAAUUAAGCUUGCUAGAAUGGAAAUUAGGGAGAAAUAUUUAUCUAUACAUGCCAUAUUUGUAAUAUUAUGUUGUCUUUGUUGAGAAAUUUAUUUUUAAAUCUGUUUUCUUUGAAACAGCAUGCAUUAAUUUGUGCAUAAC